AUGGCAUAUGAUCCCCGCCGAACAAACUCGGGGACCUCAACUCCCCAACCUCCCCCUCCUCCCCCUCCACCACCAGAGACCGCCGACAUGGCAUCCCAAGCCCUAGAAACGCCCGCCACAGACUCGUACAAGCUCAAGUUCUGCACAGUCUGCGCCUCAAACAACAACCGCUCAAUGGAAGCCCACCUCCAGCUCUCCGGCGCGCCCACAGCCUUCCCCGUGAUAUCCUUCGGCACGGGCUCCCUCGUCCGUCUCCCCGGCCCAUCAAUCACCCAACCAAAUGUGUACAGCUUCAACACAACCUCCUACAACCAAAUGUACGAAGAGCUCUCAGGCAAAGACGAGCGUCUAUACCGCAGUAACGGCAUCCUGAACAUGCUCGACCGCAACCGCCAACUGAAAUGGGGUCCAGAGCGAUUCCAGGACUGGGUCCCUGGUGUCCCGCGCGUCGACCAUCUCUCAAAGGGUGACAAGGGUGCUGUCGGGACGGAAGGCGGCGUCGUGGAUGUCAUCAUCACCUGUGAAGAGCGGUGCUGGGAUGCUGUUGUUGAUGAUCUCAUGAAUAAGGGAACGACGCUCAAUUACCCCGUUCAUGUCUUCAAUGUCGAUAUCAAGGAUAACCAUGAAGAGGCAUUGACUGGUGGAAAGGCGAUUCUUGAUCUGGCCAAUCGUCUGAACGAGGCUGCUGUUGCGGAACACAGGAUUCAUGGCUCGGAGGGAUGGGAAAAUGGGACUGGUGCGGCUCGUCAGAGCUUCGAUGAGAAGGUCCCCGAGAUCUUAGCGGAGUGGCAAGAUCGAUACCCCAAUUUGCCGGCUUUGUGGACUAUAGCUUGGCUUUAG